CGGAACUUUCUUGCCAGCAUUCUGCUUCGCCUCUGGCCGCAAUUGGCGCAGGCAGGGCUCGUGCUCCUAGCUCAGGACAUGGCACGAGCUACUUAGCUCAGUAAGGCUUUGUUCUUUACUCCCUUCCUUGGGGGCUGGGACUUGCGUGACAACCGCUGCCAAUGAUCCUUUUGUGGAGACUUGCUCAGCAGUCCUUUCAGAAUAGUUGCCCAAGUUAAAAGUUCCCUUAUAUCUGCACUUCUUGGGGCCUUCUGUAUACAUCGUGAUGAUCAGAAAGAUUUCUAAUGUGCCAUAGAGCUAAGGCGAUCUAGGAGAGAAAUUGUAUUGGAGCAGAAGGAUCCUAGGGGGGCCAAAGAUGGUGGUUCUCAAAAGCUUACAGUCCAAUGUAAGCAGCCAGCCUGGGAAGAGAAUCUUGGCAUUGCAUCCGCUGAAGGCAAUAUUGGUUUUGGGGUUGAUGACGUGCUGUGGAGCGGAGGGAGGCUCUCUCACAAACGUGUCAGUGACAAGUUUGGGACUGCCCCAGAGCUCUGGCGUAGGUUCGAUCAGCUCUACGAGCAACAGCUCCAUCUCAGCGGCCAAUUCUGCAUUGCUGACAUUCCGUCUAAGAUUUGGGGAUGGGCCUCCAGUGCCUGCCGCACAAGCCCAGCUUAUCUCUCAAGAUGGCACCCGUCAGUUCAACACAACCGCCAGCGAUGGCAGCUGCUCCUUUGUGAUCAACCCUUCUACAACGCACAGCCUUUUGCUGAGUGCUGUUGGCAGCGCCAAUUCUGCGGGCACAAUCCCCCUCAAUCGGCCCAUCGCGAUCUCGGCAUUCGACGCCAAGGCUUCCAACGGGGUACGAAACCUGGGCGACAUCACUAUCCCGUUCGUCAGCUUCUGCAAGGGCACGUACACGAUUCAAAGUGACGCAGGGGCAAUCAUUGCAGGCACCGACCCUCUGCACUCGCUCCAAGUCCCCGGCCAGACGUGCACCUGGGUGGUGGGGCCGUUCGGCGGCCAGGCGUCGGUCGAUCUGUACAUCCAGUGGUUCGACCUGAGCUCGGGCAACUCCCUCAACGUGUCGGGCUCCGAUCUGAACGGCAUGCCGCCCAAAACUGUGCUCCUUAUGGGCCCGGGCCUCCCCAACCCCCCCCCAAACUAUCUGGCGGUGACGAUCCCCGCACGCCAGGCGACCGUGGUGUUCAACACAGGCUCGGGCCCGGACGCACUCACAUACGGCUUUGUGAUGUACUACAGGGUCAGUUACGUCGACGACACGAGCCCGCUGCUGACUGUAUCGUUGGUCUGGGCGGGCGGGGGCUGCCUUAUCAUCAUCGUCGUGUUCGCUGGCAUCAUCAUCCUCAAGCGGAGGCGGAACAGUGCCGGUCAUUUGCCCGCCCUACCCCUUGAAGAAAGAGCAAAAGUGACGUCAUCCGCGGAGCCGGACCCGCUCGACCGUGACGUCAUGCUGGUCAAAUGGCUCGGAGAGGACCCGCGCAGGAUCUUGAUUCCGCAAACGGUCUGGCACUCGGCGUUCCCCCACUCGCCAGCCACGCCGCCAAAGUUGGGCACAACGUCGUCUGAAUCGGGCGCCUCUGCGAGCAGCAGUAUCGGGCCUCUAGAAACACCCCGGCCCCUCGGUCCCGAAGCCCCGGUACAAUUCCGGCGGCACCAGGACUCGGAAUCAGCGGAAUCCGCCCCGGUUCUGAUUCCGAGGCCGUCGGGCGCCGGUUCGGAAGCACAAAUGGAUUCUGAUUUGGCAGAGGGGCAGAAGGGGGCUGCUGGAAGCGGGGAAGCGGAAGAAUCGGGGGGGCCGCGCAACGGGGAGUCGACAGAAGGGCGUGACACGUCGUGCGCCAUUUGUUUGGUGGAUUACGAAGAGGGUGCGCUGCUGCGGCCGCUGCCGUGCGGGCAUGCUUUCCAUACAGCCUGCAUUGACACGUGGCUGAAGAAGGACCCCUCCUGCCCGUUAUGCAAGCGGCCGCUGUACAUCCGAAUCCCUGUGCCGCAGACCGUUGCAGAACGGGGCUUGGAACUGAGUCAACAGUCGGCGGAAAAUUUACCGGGCUCCUCAAGCGGAGGCCCAGAAGGGGCGGAGACGAGUGCACCACCCGAUUUGGAGGCGGGGAACACGCGGGAGAAUCAGGAAGAUGCCGGUUCCGCUCAUGAGGCGUAUGAGCGGGCCGAGACCGACCGACGGGCGGACCGUCAGCGAGCAACGCAUGCUCCCUGGCAUAUGCAUCAGUGGUUGGCGUGGGGCUGGUGAUUGAGCAUUUGCAGCUCAAGAACCCUGUUAUAGUUUCUUUGUUUGAUUGUAAAUCUGGUACAUACUGACACGCAUUGAAGGUGAUUAGAAAAGAAUGAUAUAUGAACGGUAUGGUUGUAGUUUAGAAGAUGUGAUGUCGGGAUCAGCCAGCCCAAAAUUAAGCUCAUUGUGAGAGAAGCGCUGGCAGUCGUGGGUGUACCUACACCUUGGUAAGUUGUACAGCAAUGACAGGCUUUGUUCAAUUGCGCUAAGGGGGUGCGCCUUCCUUGAAAAACACCUGUAUCUGAUAUCACGCCAUGCACAUCAGAGCUCGACUGAUAAGUACG